CAUCUUCUCUUUCUCCCACCAAACAUCUAGAUAGAUUCCAAGAUGGGUCGUCGUCCCGCUCGUUGUUACCGUUACUGCAAGAACAAGCCUUAUCCCAAGUCGAGAUACAACCGUGGUGUACCCGACCCCAAGAUCAGAAUCUUCGAUCUCGGUCGUAAAAAGGCCCCUGUCGAUGAUUUCCCCUUCUGCUGUCAUCUCGUCUCGGACGAAUAUGAACAACUUUCGUCUGAAGCCUUAGAGGCGGCUCGUAUCUGUGCCAACAAAUACAUUGUCAAGACAGCAGGAAAGGAAGCUUUCCACAUGCGUGUUCGUGUCCACCCUUUCCACGUCAUUCGUAUCAACAAAAUGUUGUCCUGUGCCGGUGCCGAUAGGCUUCAACAGGGUAUGCGUGGAGCUUGGGGAAAACCUUAUGGUUCCGUCGCUCGUGUGAACAUCGGCCAGAUCAUCAUGUCUAUCCGAUGCCGUGAUCAACACAAAGCGGUCAUCAUCGAGGCUCUCCGACGUGCCCGUUACAAGUUCCCCGGAAGACAGAAGAUUAUUGUCUCCAAGAAGUGGGGUUUCACUCCUCUCGACCGUCCCGACUACGAGAAACUCAAUGCCCAGAAACAAGUUCUGACCGACGGCGCCUAUGUUCAGUUCCUCAAGCCAAAGGGUAAACUUCUCGACAACCUUCGUACUGCUGCUCGUGUUCAAUAGGUUUCGAGAUUGUAGCGCGUGCAUGCAUCUCUGGCCGGAAUUUUUUUCAAUACAGCAAGUAGCCUUUGAUUUGGGAAGUGAUUAUUCAGC